ACUUUUAAACUCACUUUCUGCUCAAACGUACGUACGUACAUGGAGUCGUUUAUGUUCUAAACAAAGAGUCAGCAUGAAGUCUAGCCGCCGGUUGAGUGAAGACGGCACCAAACUCCUGACAACCUACCAACUCAGUCCGUUCUACUUUGAUCGCACAGGUGUCCCGAAUAUCUGGACUCUAGCACAACUGAUAUCCUACUCCAGACCUGAGCAGUCGGACGUUUUCAGCAUACCGGGGCUCCUAGAAACUGUCUCUGUCUUCUCACGUUACCAAGAGUUCUAUCUUUAUCCAGAAUUCUACACCAAAGUCAAGUACAACUCUGCCGUAGAGGUCGUGAGUGAGAUAGGUUAUGUCGGCAAGACGUCUUAUAUCUGCAAGGGGGACGUUCGUCUUGCCAAGACUCAAGACUUGCUUUGCCGCCAGAGCUGCCAGUUGAUUCAUGUGGACAUCUCGACUCGCCAGCCCACCGCCCUUCCACAAAAUCUGCGAAGGAGGACCAAGGGACCCCGGCCAACGUAUAGCUUGCCGAUCCCGCCAGAUACGCCGCCCAUGUACUCCUGCAAGUGUACGGUCGGAGAGAGCGAUAUUGACGAGAAUGGACAUACGAACCAGUCCGUGUAUGUACGACUCUGUUCCGAUACGGCUGCGUUUGGUACGAAGGCCGGUAGGUACACAUCGCUGUCGGGGUACGUGCUGAAAUAUCCAGUAAAGAAAAUCGCCAUGUUGUUCCAGAGAGAAGCUCUGUCGGGAGACGUGUUGGAAGUACAGUCGUGGGAAAUCCUGUCCAAGCCUGUCUCCUUGUUGUUUCAGGUCAAAAGAGGGGAAGACGACAUCGUGCGAUGUUUGUUUGAAUUUUACGAACAAGAGAAGGCAAAACUUUAAGAAGAUGUCCAUAUUGUCUAAGAGCAUACCAUUGCCAUACAUUGAUGCAACAAGUUACAAAGCUUCUUUGUACAACUGCAAAUAUUGUCUUUUUCCUUCGAUGUUGACGUCUCUGAGCCAUAAAUUGUGUACGGUACCGGUAUUUCGUCUGUGUUACUGUGUUAGUAU